AGCUUACCUUAUGAAUCUCUGUGGAAUAGCAUGGUGAAUGGGGAGGCUUUGACUCUUGAGUUUUGAUUGUUUUUUUUGCAGAAUGGCCAGAAAGAAGACUGAUACUUCACCUGAAUCCUCAAAGGAGAUCAAAGCCAGAGGAAAAUUCACCAGAGCCAAUAAAUGCAUGAAAACAAGUACUAAGAAAGUCCAUGACACGGGAAAUAAUAAUAGUAAAAGAGAGAAUAAGAAGAAGUCCCCUUCUGAUUCUCCAGACGAGUCUCCAUCCUUUCAAGUUCGAAGCUGUGUAAAUACCAAAGACGGAGGAGCUCAACAAGUACCUGUCCUUGAUCUCCAUUCGGUUCACCGACCUUCUGGAAAAAUGAAGUUGCAGCUCUUUCCUUUGGAUGUUAAUACCCGUGAAGGGUUAGAAAAGGAUGGCUUUCACCCAUAUUUAGAACUCACUCUUAGCUCACGGAAGAAGGUUUCUUCAGUGCUUCAACACAUUCAAAGUAAGUGGGGAAGCUCAGAGAUCACUCGGGGAGAUCCCACCUUGUACCCAUAUGAUCAAUCGAGACUCCCUUCUGGUCCUAAAUGGACAGCAAACAGCAGCAUUACGAUAAGGGAUGUCUAUGUAGCUAUUGGAGCUCCAUCCCUAUUCCGCUUAAGGUAUGGAUGGUCCUCUGGGACUUGUAAUAAAACAGAUGAACCCCCGUCUCCAUCAACUCCUGGUAUCACUUGUUUUCCAAAUGUAGAGCCUCAAAAGUUCAUUAGUAACAGAAGAGAGAUUGCCAGUAUGACGGGAAAGCAGAUGUUCGGUUUAGAUAACCUAAAUCAAGUGACUGACCCGCCUCUCUCUGAACACAGUCCACCUGAUGGACAAGUCGAGUCAGCAGCGGAGAAGGAGAUAAAUAAUGGAUCUGGACCAACAUUUUUUCAGUGGGAUGAUGGUUUAACAAGUUUAAGUAUUGGCGGCUUACUUUCUGAAGUAUCUUUGAAGGGGAAAUUCGGGAACAACUCCAAAAAUCCAAACGCGACCCCAACUCUUUGGGACGAAAAUCUUACAAACAUAAGCAUUGGAGGUCUGUUUUCUGAGGCAUCUUUACAAGGCAGACGCGGUAAAGAAGAAUCAACUCAUAAUAAUAACAGUAAUCAGCCAAUUUUUAGCAUUGGAGCCUUUCUUUCUGAAGCAUCAUCACGAGGAGAAGGGAGGUUUAGUGACGGUAACAAAACAUGGGAUGCAAGGGGAACUACCUCACAACAACCAUUACCUCUAAUAUCUGAUUCAUUAGAUGCUUUCUUCGUGAACCAAACAACAGGCCAGCCUCAAGCUCCACGUCAUGCACCUCCUCCUCCCGAGCUGUCACAUUCUUCUAUACUCGACGCAGAAGACACAUGCCAUGCAUUUUCAUUCCGAAAGCGUACUACAACCUCAGCCAAGGUUCUUGAGCAGGUAAGUGAAGAAACUGAGGAAGAGCAACAGAACGUUGAAGCGAAACCUGCAAAAGGGUUGUUUGGUUCAGGGGUGUUUAAUCAGGACAGCAGCCUUGGAUUUUCAGGAAUCAAAUGGGCUGACUCACGAGGACCAUUUGAUUUUGGCUUAUCUUUGUCGUCCCGAAAAUUUACAAAUGGAGACAGCGUAGGCUUUGGUGCUGCGGUAAAAGAUCUGCAGGAAGUGGAACCUUCGGAAGAGCAAAUAAAGCUUCAAAAGCAUUGAAGCACAUUACAAUGAAUCAACAGGAAUGUUUCAUUAAGACCUCACUAUAAAGGAAAAGAGGAAUAUUGCAUUCAUCUUCGUUCCUUUCGUUUACCAUUUGUAAUUUUUGAUAUAUAUGGAACACACACAAUUCCUCUUUAUAUAAGGAACCAAAUGGAGAUAAUAAAAUCUCG